AUUAACAAUUAACAUUAACACAUAUUACCUCAGAAUAUAGAUAGAUUAUUAUUAAUUUAUUAUUAUUAUUAUUAUUAUUAAUGUUCUAAGCAUAUUACUGAGUCUAUGGUAUUAAUACCUCUCUAUUCUGUGCCUUAACCUCAAUUUAUGAAUGAAUAACGAAGUGUUGUCUACUAAUCUAAAGGUAGAGAUAAAAUUAUGACUAAUUGAGGUCUAUGAAAUUUAGUAAAUUUUUAUGUAAGAAAUGGAAACAGACUCAAAAAUAUUCAAAGAUUUACAUGGAAAAGUUGAGAAUAAUCAGGAAACAGAAAAGAUUGCAGAGGGAGAAGAUGAGAUUAAGGAUUACGAGGAGGAAAAAUCAUCAUUUGACUUUGAUGUUCAAUUUACAACUGAUGGAGAGAAUAUCGAAGAUAUAAAGACAGAAAGCAUAGAUAUCGUUGAUCAGUAUAUUGAUGAAAAUACUGUCCAUUUGAAUAACAGAGAUCUUAAAUGCCACUUAUGUGAAUAUGCAUCCAAAAAGGAAUCUAUACUCGAAAAGCAUAUAGAUUCUGUCCCUUUGAAAAAAAAAGAUUUUCAAUGUCCAUUAUGUGAGUUUACUUCAGCUAGAAAUGAAAACCUUGAAGUUCAUAUAAAUUCUCUCCAUUUGAAUAAAAAAGAACAUGAAUGUCACUUAUGUGAAUAUGCAGCCAACGAUAAAUAUCAACUCAAAAAGCAUAUAGAUUCUGUCCAUUUGAAAAAAAAAGAAUUUCAAUGUCCAUUAUGUGAGUUUACUUCAGCUAGAAAUGAAAACCUUAAAGUUCAUAUAAAUUCUGUCCAUUUGAAUAACAAAGAUCAUAAAUGCCACUUAUGUGAAUAUGCAGCCAACACUAAAUAUAUACUCAAAAGGCAUAUAGAUUCUGUCCAUUUGAAUAAAAAAGAUCAUAAAUGUCACUUAUGUGAAUAUGCAGCCAACACUAAAUAUAGACUCAAAAAGCAUAUAGAUUCUGUCCAUUUGAAAAAAAAAGAAUUUCAAUGUACAUUAUUUACGUUUACUUCAGCUAGAAAUGAAAACCUUAAAUUUCAUAUAAAUUCUGCCCAUUUGAAAAAAAAAAAUCAUAAAUGCCACUUAUGUGAAUAUGCAGCCAACACUAAAUAUGGACUCAAAGAGCAUAUAGAUUGUGUCCAUUUGAAUAAAAAAGAUCAUAAAUGCCACUUAUGUGGAUAUGCAGCCUACACUAAAUAUCAUCUCAAGAAGCAUAUAGAUUCUCUCCAUUUGAAUAAAAAAGAACAUGAAUGUCACUUAUGUGAAUAUGCAGCCAACGAUAAAUAUCAACUCAAAAAGCAUAUAGAUUCUGUCCAUUUGAAAAAAAAAGAAUUUCAAUGUCCAUUAUGUGAGUUUACUUCAGCUAGAAAUGAAAACCUUAAAGUUCAUAUAGAUUCUGUCCAUUUGAAAAACAAAGAUCAUAAAUGCCACUUAUGUGAAUAUGCAGCCAACACUAAAUAUAUACUCAAAAAGCAUAUAGAUUCUGUCCAUUUGAAUGAAAAAGAUCAUAAAUGCCACUUCUGUGAAUAUGCAGCCAACACUAAAUAUAUACUCAAAAAGCAUAUAGAUUCUGUCCAUUUGAAUAAAAAAGAUCAUAAAUGCCACUUAUGUGUAUAUGCAGCCAAGACUAAAUAUAGACUCAAAGAGCAUAUAGAUUCUGUUCAUUUGAAUGAAAAAGAACAUAAAUGUUACUUAUGUGAAUAUGCAGCCAACAAAAAAUAUCAUCUCAAAAAGCAUAUAGAUUCUGUCCAUUUGAAUAAAAAAGAUCAUAAAUGCCACUAAUGUGUAUAUGCAGCCAACGAUAAAUAUCAUCCCAAAAAGCAUAUAGAUUCUUUCCAUUUGAAUAAAAAAGAACAUAAAGGUCACUUAUGUGAAUAUGCAGCCAACCAUAAAUCACAACUCAAAAAGUAUAUAGAUUCUGUCCAUUUGAAUAACAAAGAUCAUAAAUGCCAUUUAUGUGUAUAUGCAGCCAACGAUAAAUAUCAUCUCAAAAAGCAUAUAGAUUCUGUCCAUUUGAAUAAAAAAGAACAUAAAUGUCACUUAUGUGAAUAUUCAGCAAACAAUAAAAUUCAACUCCAGAAGCAUAUAGAUUCUGUCCAUUUGAAUAAAAAAGAUCAUAAAUGCCACUUAUGUGAAUAUGCAGCCAACUAUAAAUCUCAACUCAAAAAGCAUGUAGAUUCUGUCUAUUUAAAUAAAAAAAGAAGAUAAAUGUCACUUAUGUGAUUAUGCAGACAAUCAGAAAGUUUACCUCAAAAAGCCUAUGGACUGUGUCAUUUGAACAAAAAGAAUUCAAAUGUCAUUUAUGCGAGUUUGUUACAGCUGGUAAAGGAAGGCAUGUAGAUUAUAUUCAUUUGAAUAAAAAAGAACAUAAAUGUCAGAUAUUUUUGAAAUGUAAUAUUUUUUUAUGAAGAAAUUAAUAUGUUAAUGUUGAACAUAUCCUGAGUAUAUGUGACAUAAUAAACUAUGAUAUUAU